CCUGGGAGAGAUCCUCCUCCCUUCCUCGACUUGCUCUCAUAUUUAAGAUUUAGCCCAGAUAUUCCUUCUUGGCACCCGCAGCAGGCUUUGGAGGAGUUAAUAAUAGAACAAAGAACUUUCCCCUCCCCAUUCUUUGGAAAGAUUUGUAGUCCAGACCAGGCGAAGGUCUCAUCUCUUGAAGGAAGUGUCUUCUCUUCUCCGAUUUCCCUUCCCUCUGAGCGGAGAAUGGCUAGAAGUCUGCCUUGGACCAUCGCCGUAUUUGGCCUGCUUUUCCUCAUCCAGGAAAUCCAUUGCAUGUUCUUGCCCAAUGCCACGCAUCUGGAAAAGCUUCUCAGUAAAUACCGAGAUGAGGCAUCACACUCAAGAACAAAGAGAGCAAUUCCCAGAUCGGAUAAAGAUGAGAUUCUGAUGCUUCACAAUAAACUGAGGGGACAAGUUUACCCUUCAGCAUCCAACAUGGAAUACAUGACAUGGGAUGAAGAACUGGAGAGAACUGCUGAGGCCUGGGCCCACGAAUGCAUUUGGGAUCACGGACCUGCUACCCUCCUUCCUUCUAUUGGUCAAAACCUGGCAGUUCACUGGGGCAGGUACCGCUCUCCAGCUUUCCACGUCCAGUCUUGGUAUGAUGAAGUCAAAGAUUACACCUACCCCUAUCCCCACGAAUGCAACCCUUGGUGCCCAGACAGAUGUUCAGGACCCAUGUGUACACACUUCACACAGAUAGUCUGGGCCACAACGAACAAGGUUGGCUGCGCUGUGCAUGUCUGCAAGAAGAUCAGCGUGUGGGGUGAGAUCUGGGAGAAUGCCGUCUACCUGGUCUGCAACUACUCUCCCAAGGGAAACUGGAUUGGAGAAGCCCCGUACAAAAAUGGAAGGCCUUGCUCUGAGUGUCCACCUAGCUAUGGAGGAAGUUGCCAGAGUAAUCUCUGCUUCAAAGAUGACCGUUCUGUCCGAAAGCCUGAGACAGAGGAGACCAAUGAAGUGGAGACUCCCGUAAUGACAGAGGACAAAGACAGAUGGGGGCGUGAGCGGGUGACCAAACCCACGAAACCCUCAAAGGCAAAGAAACCAACCACUGUGACUUAUAUGACACAAGAGAUCAAGUGCGAUACGAAACUGAGGGAUAAAUGCAAAGGUUCGACAUGCAACAGAUACUUGUGUCCCGCUGGCUGCGUGAACAAUAAGGCAAAAGUCUUUGGAACGUUCACCUAUGAGAGCUCGUCCAGCAUCUGCCGAGCUGCCAUUCACUCUGGAGUGUUAGAUAACCGAGGGGGCCUGGUUGAUAUCACCAGAAGGGGCAGGGCAGACUUCUUUGUCAAGGCUACAAGAAAUGGAGUGGAAUCGAUAAGUAAAUUCAAACCUUCAAAUUCCUUCAUCGUUUCAAAAGUCACAGUGCAGACACUGGAUUGUUACACCACCGUAGCAGAGCUCUGUCAGUUCAAGAAGCCAGCUACUCAUUGUCCCAGGUCUUACUGCCCGGCUUAUUGCAAAGAGGAACCUUCAUACUGGGCGCCAGUGUACGGCACCAAUGUUUAUGCGGAUAGCUCUAGCAUCUGCAAAACCGCUGUGCAUGCGGGCAUCAUUCGGGACGACGCUGGCGGCUACGUGGACGUGAUGCCUGUAGACAAGAAGAAGUACUACAAUGGCUCUUUGAAGAAUGGGAUCCGCUCCGAGAGCUUGAAGACUGCAAGAGAAGGAAAAGCCUUCCGGAUCUUUGCUGUGAAGCAGUAAAUUUCCAAGAAAGGGGAACCUUAUUGUCUGGAGGAGUGCGUGGCACUUUUCCUGAGUGAUGGGAAGCUCACACAAAAUCUGUGGUUGUCCUGGCAUGUAGUAUGACGAAGCCCUUUUAAGUCAGAACUCUUUCAGGGAAGAAAACGGUGAGUGUGGGAGUUGCAUUUAAACUCAGUGAUCCACAUCUCAUCACUAUCAGUUCAGUGUUUUGUUAUUUUAACGUUCAGUGUUUAGAUAAUUCAGCAGUGGUUGCAUGUUCAAAGUUAGGGCGGGCGGCUGCAAAAAUCCCUCCCUGUUCUUCCAGUGCAUGACACUGAUUGCCCAAAGAUGGUGUCCCACAUUUCAUGGAAAGCCACUCUUAUCAAAAGGUGAUCAUAACUUUGACGAGCGAAUGACGUUAGGUGGAAGAAUUAUGGAGGCGAGUGGUGAACGAUUAUGUCCACUCUGAGGCAGCUCCUCUGGAGAGCGAACCACCGGGAUCAUUUAGAAAUUGAAGAAGUCAAAAAGUCAUUUGGGAAAUCUUGAAUUGGGUCAAUGGCGUGAUGGGUUAAUUCCAUCAAGUGCAAUGUGGAAGCCAAAUGUGGUAGACUGCUUCUGUGGAUUUUAGAAAGGAUGUACUGAGCUGUGGUAUAUUUUGGGGCAAGUCUGAUCAAAAAGCAGAAGCCUUAGCAAUGAACAAGCAUCUCUGGAAACUGGGAAUCCCUCUCACACAAAAGAAAAAUACAGAAAAGCUGGGUUUGCUGGUCAAACAAUUGUAGGGUGUUAGGAAAGACACUAACGACAUUAGGGUGUUAGUGGAGACAUUGACAAGAAGCCAAGGAAUUAAGACCCCACCGUCUGGGCACAUUUUGAUCCACCGUACAUUAGGCAGCAUUGUCUUAUUUACAAUUUAUUUUAUAUUUUAUUCAGCAGAGCUGGUUAUAGCCUACUUAAGCAGCAAUCUCUAAAAGUUGAUCUUUUAUUUUGUUGGAAAUGAAGGCACCCUUUGUUAAGAGCGUUGGUGUUGCCAUUCUUUGUACAGAUCUGGAGAUUUAUUUUAUAUGUUGGGAUUAACCCCAAGAUAUAUAUUAUAAAAUAACUAUGAAGGCUGGACUCUUUUCUUGUAUUCAUUAUAUAUGUAGAUCACAUGCAGGUCUUAAUUAUCCACAUAACACAUGGUCUGGUACAUGCAUCCAGUUAUUCCAGGGGGUUAGAUAAGGAGACCCUUCCUAUGCACAUAUUUCCCACCUUCUCCCAAUAAAACUAGCAUGGUCCAUGGCUGGGAUCUGCAAAGGUUACCUCUGUGUAGCCAGUGAGAUUUUUGACACAUUUUCUUUGAGUAUCAGUCACUCUCUCAUCUAGAGUUUCCGGGAACCAGCAUCAAUCUCUAGGUGAUUAUUGAUAGCAACCCCUGGAGAUUUCAGUGGCUUGGAAUAAAAUGAGCAAAAAUAUCUCCAGGAAUAGUUUCAGUCAAAGUUGGCACCCUACUUUCAUGGCAUGCCAUAUCUUAGUCUUCCAUGGAUCAUAAUUUGAAUGUGUAAUUUAUAUUUAUUUAAAGUGAUCUUUUUCAUUGGAUGAUAUUUCCCCAUGCUUUAUUUAAAAAAGAAAGAAAGAACAAUACCAAUACUUAAAUUGUGGCCUCAUGUGGGCUAUUGGGCCCUGGGACCAUGGUGCUAAACAGGUGCUAGUUAGGGAUAGGGUGGUUAGGAGAUGUUUGCUCCUGGAAUCAUCCAGAGUGAAUUUCCCAGAUGUCUUCUGAACACCGUCAUGGUUUGGGGCAAUGAGAUCACCACUGCAUUUCAGGAUCUGAAGAGCCUCCACAAUCUCCCUGCUUCAUCUUAUUUACUGGAGGUAGUUAGGGGAAAGGAGCGUCAAGCAGGUGAAGUCUAUGGUAAGUCCUCCAGAUCUUGGAGCAUCACAGCACAUUGAGACCUGUAGGCCAUUAAGGGCAUAAUCAGGGUCCAUUUGGGUCAGGAUCCAGAUCCCACACUGUCUAGUGCACAGAUCUGAACUGGAUCCUGGGAGAGGGUUCAAACUCCCCAAAUCAAAUAGUAAAUCUGGGUUUGACAGAGCUCACUGACAACCCCAACGUAAAUCGAUUGCAUCACAAAAUAGCUCUUUGGUUCAUUCAAUAUAUGAAGAGUUCCCGUGGGGAAAUAGUAUGUGUGUGGGGGGUGGAGGGGCAGUGGGAAUAAUACAAGAGCAUUGCUAUUUUAUCCAAAAUAUAUUAAUUAGUGCACCCAAAUAUGAAAACAGCUAGAUUGGAAUUGUCUUUCUCCUUGUGGGUUACUCAUUUUCUGUUUUCCAAGCCUGUACUGAUCUGAAUCAGUCUUAUCUGUAGGCAGCAACUACCUGCAGGUUUUGUAGAUUUGCUUUUUUUCUAUGAAAAAUGAUGUAUUUUUUACUAUUCCUCUGUAAAAAAAAAAGUGCACUGUACAUUGCUUUUGUUUUACUUUUGCAUGAUCUUUUAAAUAGACCAGGUUUCUGGUUUUUGAGCAGAUUUUUUCUCCUCUCAGCAAAGUAUCUAUACAUCCAAAUAAUCUUUCUAUUUUGAUAUAUUACCUAUUUGUGGAAAAUAAAACCUUUGAGAAUUAAA